AUGGUAUCAGAUUUAUUAUAUGAGAUACAAAAGGAAAUUGGAUUAGUAGAGAUGCUUCUUCAUCAGAAAAAAGACGAUGAAGCUCUUAAACAAUUAAGUAACAUUAUCGAAAAACUCGGUGGUAACAAUAAUAACAAGUUUCAAAAUGAACAACUAUUAGAUGCAUUUAUAGUAGCAUGCAAGAGAAGAAUUUUUGUUUACCAUAAAAAAGAAAAAUAUGAAGAAAUCUUACUCGACAUAAAAACAUUACAAAAUGUCAAAUACGAUAUUUAUCAAGAUGAUGAUGUUCUUUUAAAAACGCUGGAAUCUGAAUCUGAAAUAAACAAAAACAACAUGUUGAUUGAAUUAGAAAAAUUCAAAAUUAAUUCCAAGUUGAUUGAUGCUGCAAAAGAAAACAUAGAUGCUCAUUUUAAUAUAGAUAAAAUGUUUUCGAGAGAAAACGAAAAAAAAGCCUCGAAAAAACGAAAAACCAUGGGUCGAUAA